UUUAAAAGAGUACGAGCCCAUUAUCUCUCAAGUCAUUUAAAAAGCCCUUGCCUAUAGAAAACCCUCGAAACCCUAGCAGUUGUGUUGUGGUCUUGCAGAGACGAUUCGCAGAGAGUGCGGCGAGGCUACACAAGGAAACAUCUCUCAUCUCCCUCAGAGUAUAAAGAACCAUGUCGGUCGGAGAGCAGGCUUGCAGCUAUGCCGUUAUGGCCCUCCAUGACGAUGGAAUCCCUAUCACUGCUGAGAAGAUUGCCACCUUGGUGGGUGCUGCUAACUUGAAAGUUGAAUCUUACUGGUUCAGCCUCUUUGCUAAGCUUGCUGAGAAGCGCAACAUCGAUGACCUUAUUGUGAGUGGUGGUGCCGGCGGUGGUGGUGGUGCUGUUGCUGCUGUUCCCCUCGCUGCUUCUGGUGGCGGUGCAGCUGCUGCUGCCCCCGCUGCUGAGGAGAAGAAGGAAGAACCUAAGGAAGAGAGUGACGAAGACAUGGGUUUCAGUCUGUUUGAUUAGGAGCUCCUUUCAGCGUGUGAUGCAGUAUUUUGCCAUUUUUAGUUACUUUUUUGAGUCAUUACCUUUUUAUCUUUUGUUCUAGGAGUUUAUCUUUUAUUCGUAACAAAUAUAUGUAUUCGUGUUGAGCGAAUUGUUCAGGGUCUUGUUAAUUUGAACAUCUUUAGUUUUUUUUGGAAGAUUUUCCCAUCGAGCUUCUUGGUAUACGAUAUCUUUGGAGUCAAUUUUGGCUUCCUAUUAUUUAAAUUUGCGCAAUUAUUAUA